GCCGUUGCCAUUGGCACAUGAUCACCGACAUUAGUUCAGUUAAUUAUGCAUAUCCAAACUAUAAAAGGUUCCGAGACAUGGAAGGGUCAGAGUUAUGAAAGUUCUUUAGCGUUGAACGUACAAAAAGCAUCAUUUUUUCUCGUGCUGAAAAUGGCAGUGCACAUCUUUAAGCGAUUUUGGAGACUUAUUGUGGUCGUUCUAUUCUCGUUUGGAUUAAUGUGCAUAAUUCUUUUUGCUAUUCUAAAUAGAGAAUUACCAACAAAAUUUGCACAUGAAGAAACACCAUUUUCACAUGAUAACACCGUCUUUCAUAAAUCUCGGAAUGAAGAAUAUGUGUUUAAACAUCCAAAAUCAUUGAAAAAACCCUCAAUUUUACAAGAGGCACAGGAGAAUGAACAUUUUGAAAAAAAAAAUGAUGUGAAAAAAUUCAUAAGUCGACUAAGUCGAAAUCAAGUGGAUUCAAAAACAUCAACUUCAUCCAAAAAACAACAUUCAAAAAAAUUGAAGCCGAGCAAAAGUAGUAAUUUUGAAAAAAUACAACAAAUUGUGGGUACCGUAAGCAUGAGCAUUGAAAUCGGUAAAAAUGAAUCGAAAGAUGAUAAGAAUUUGAAACAGAACCCAAAAACAAAUCACACAACCAGUACAUACCAAAUAAACACAGAUGUUCAAACCAAAUCACAAAAGAAAUUCCAAAUUCCAAAUUAUUAUGAAGACAAUUUACGGUCAAAUUGGACAUUUAAAAUAACAAGAAAUUAUGAUCAGGCACUUGUUCGUAAGUGGACUGAACCGAUGCGAUUGAAUGUAUCGAAUCCAUUGGCACCUGGAGAAAAUGGAGCUGCAUAUUUGCCAGCAAAUGAUGAAAUAGAAUUAAUGAAACAGCUUAAAGAUCAAUAUAAUUUCAAUGCAUUUGCAUCCGAUAAAAUUUCAUCACGACGAUCUUUACCUGACUACCGAUUUCCCGAAUGCCGAAGCUUAGUUUAUCCCGACAAACUGCCAACCACAAGCGUGAUUGUAGUGAUUCAUAACGAAAUAUGGUCGACUUUACUACGAACUAUUUGGAGUAUUAUUGAUCGUUCCCCCCGUGAACUUAUCGAAGAAAUAAUUUUAGUGGACGAUGACAGUAAAUGGUCACAUCUUAAACAACCAUUAGACGACUACGUUGCAACACUCCCGGCCAAUGUUAAGAUUAUUCGAACAAAAAAACGAGAAGGAUUGAUACGAGCUCGAUUGAUUGGUGCCAAUAAUGCAAAGGGCAAUAUUCUGACCUUCUUGGACGCUCACAUGGAAUGCACUGAGGGUUGGUUACAACCAAUUCUCUCGCGGAUCGCUAACGAUCGUUCUGUUGUGGUUGUUCCACUUAUCGAUGCAAUCAUUUCCGAUAACAUGAGAUACAGUGCUGCCAAAGAAUUGCAAAUCAACACCUUGCGAUGGAAUCUUAUUUUUCAUUGGAUGUAUAUUCCUCAGAGGGAAUUGAAAAGGACAAACAAUGAUCCAACCGCUCCAAUUCGCACCCCCACACAUGUUGGAUGCGCUUUUUCAAUUGAUCGGGAAUUCUUUUUCGAAAUUGGUUCAUAUGACGAAGGAAUGGAUAUCUGGGGAAGCGAAAACGUUGAAUUGGCAUUUCGGGUUUGGUUAUGUGGUGGUGCACUUGAAGCGGUACCUUGUUCUCGCGUUGCACAUUUAUAUCGACAAUCAACGUAUUCAUUUGAUGGUAACAGAGACACAAUAACGAAUCGAAACAGUAAACGUGUUGUUGAAGUUUGGAUGGAUGAUUUCAAAGAAUUAUUCUAUGCGGCAUAUCCAGAGGUAAGAAAGGUAUCCGCUGGAAAUCUAACGGAGCGAUUCGAUUUGAAAAAGCGUUUAAAAUGCAAGAAUUUUCAAUGGUACCUUAAUAAUAUAUAUCCGGAAAGUACUUUAUUAAAAGAGUACCUUAUGAUGGGAGAAAUGAAAAAUGUGGAAAAAAAAUGGUGUUUAGACAUUUAUACAACAUCCCUAAAUAACGUACUAAAAUUGUUUCCUUGUCAUGGAGUGGGUUCAAAUCAAUUUUUUGCAUUCGCCAAAUCGGGUCAUAUCGUGACGAGGGAAAAUAUUUGUGUUGGCAUAAAAAAUAAAACGGUUAUUUUAGUUCGAUGUGAAGAAGAUAAAACACAGCUGUGGGAUUUCAAUCAAAUGAAACAAUGGAUUGUGCAUAGAGAAAGUGGAUUAUGUAUGCGGAAUAAUGAAUAUGACGUAAUAAUAGGAAAUUGCAAUUCGACUGAUAUUCAUACUAAAUGGAUUUUUAAAUCAACUUGGCUACACCAUAAAUUACCAUCCGAAAAAAGUUUGAUUCAGGAAAAUGAUGAACAUUUAGUAACUAAUCUAUAGAUUGGAUGGGUAGUCAAAUUCCGGUCGAUUUCGGAAAUUUUUUACCCGAAAUUCGUACAUAAUAGAAGUAUAUGUCAUUAAAGUUUAAUCAAAAUAAAAUAAAAAUGUAUAUCUGUUCCUUUAAUCCCAAAAUCAAA